AUGACAAAGGUGAAAACGCGUACUGGCUCUGGAACCUCCAACAGUCGAGACUACCGUGGUGUUGACCAUCUUCCUGGUCACUACAGCCCGAUCAUGGAGACCGAUGCUGGCCCAACUCAGCUUACUGCACCUAGAUCUGCCAGACGUGGGCGUCCCCCUCUGGUUCGCGUACCUGAACAACAGCAGUACCCCCGUAGCCGCCGAAAGAGGUCCGAUGCUCCUUCACCUGUUUCUGUGAGAAGGGCCUCUUUGGACUUGAUAGGCCUAACGCGAGACGCUUCCGAGCUUCAACCUCAUGAGAAGCGUCAAAAGGUUGCUGCGAAUCAGCCUAUCCUUUCAGUUCGCCAGGCUCAACAGACCGUUGACGUUCAUGAGCCUGGGGAACGAGCCCACUGGGCCACCCCUGCCACCACUGCUGGACCCUUUCGCCCUUCCGCUGACUCUUAUCUUGAUCGAGGGGGGUCACCUAGUCCACCAUCGUCCCCAGUCUUUGCCUACGAUGAGCAUUUGAAGCAUUGGUCCUCAUGUGAAACCAAGUCCUUGCACCGCCUUGUGGAGCAGUAUGGUGAAGAUGACUGGCACUCCGUGGCAAGUCGCAUGCCUGGCCGAUCUACCCAAAGCUGCAAGCUGCGGUGGGUACGGUACAAGGCCGAAAAACAACGACAGCAGCAGCAUACCAGUUCGGACGUAGUUGCUUUUCCCCGAGGCCAGAGUAAAGGCAAAGAGAGAGCCAGCGACAGAUUUGCAGAUCCUUUGUUUACACUUGCCGCAGCAGCAACCGUCAUUGAAAACCUUCCGCCCAACAUGAUCAUCACCAUGGCUCCACCUACGGCUCCAGCCCUAAUCGAAGCUCGAGCCAAGGACGCAACUAUGGCCCCUACCAUGACUCCACCUACAGUCUCGAGCAUGGUUUCGGGUGUAGCUUCAAAUCUAAUUGCAGCCUCGACCAAGGAAAUGCCCAAGGACGUGGCCAUCAUUCCAUUUUCACACCCAACCAUGAUCCAGACCGUGCCCUUGCCGCCAAUUGAAAAUUCGGGUACAAGUCUAGCCAUUAGUCCAGCUAAGGGCCCAGCUGCAAACUCAGACCUGGUUGCUGUCAUCGAAGCACUGCCUGGGCCUUCGACUGGGCCUUCGAUCCAGAAGUCUCUCCAAAGCACCGGACGCCAACCUGACCAAGGGUCACGUCCAAAAAAACAUAAUGCGGCUUCUGGCCGUUGGAGAGCAGGUGAAGAUAAGGCCCUAAUGGAAGGAGUUAACGCUUACCUGGCAUCGCGCGGCUUGGAGGCCCAGCCCCCAGCCCAUCUCCCAACAGAACAAGAGCUCCAGCUGCAGAAGAGACAGCUACAAGAAGAGCAGAAUCAACGAGAUGCAACCACCAUCUUGGCAGCCAUUCAAAGACAGGGCGCUAAUGCCUACCCUAUCACCUCCGUACAAAAUCAGCCUGCGUACACGAUGCAACAGACGCAUCAGUACCAGCAUCAGCAUUUGCAACAGCAGCAUCUCAUGCUUCAGCGGAGCCAACAGUCCCAGCAACCACAGCUGCUGCAUCAACAGCAACAGUUAAUGCUACAGCUCGAGCUGCAUCACUAUCAGCAGCUCCAGCUCCAUGCGCAAUACCAGGCACAGCAACGAAUACAGCUUUUGGCACAGUAUCAGCAGCCUUGGAGCGGAAGCGGACUUGGUCCUGCAGAGGAGGCGGAGCUGUUCAAUUCUAUGGUUGAUCUGUCAUAUAAAGCCAGCAACGGCAAUGGAGGACUCGGCAAUGAGGCUGCUAAUGCUGUUGAGAGCUCGCCAUCCUCUUUGGGCUCCCUUACGGCUGCUGUAUCCGCCCAGGAUACUUCUUCUAAUACGAGUACACGCACGGGGACUACAGUCGUCGGUUCACGCAUUUACAGGAACAUGCGGUCAUCUCAUUACGUCCAUAACGACGACGAAUAUUAUUCAAGUGCUUCUUCUUAUCAGAGCUUGUCUAACACUCCAAUAUCCAUUGCAAGUGCUUCAUCAUCCAAUAAUGCAUCAGUUAAUCCAAGCAGCGGGUCAGGCGCCAAGUGUGACACUGAUUUAGCGGAAGCGCUUUGCGAGGCCCUGUCAAUGGCAGGGGAGCCGCGUCAAUUUUACAGCCCACAAGAAGUCAAUGGCACCAGCUGUGAACAGAGCCCACAUUUAGUAGCUAGAUCCUCAAGCAACGAUCUAACUCAGCCCUUCGUCGAAACUAGAGAUGACAACCAGGUGCCGCAGCAAGCUCAUCAAGACUACUACAAGGAAUAUCAGACACAAGGCUAUCACUUGAGGUACGACGGUGGUUUCCACACUACGGCGGCUUCCCCGUUCCUGCCAGCCACAAAGGUACUUGCGAACCAUCAAUCGACCCCAGCAGCGAACCCUCAAGCGAUUGUAUCAGAGGGUAUACCAACACCAUCGACUGGUCUCCUUCUCGAGCAGCAAUUUAUGCUUCCCCAGAGUGACAAUAUUUCCGCAACAGGCUCAACUUUGUACUUUGAUAACGCAUCCCAGGCUAUGGCGACCUAUUCUGUGGAGCAUCAGAAUCAAGCAUCAAGUAAUACAUUAGUGUUUUCUCACGCUGCAUCAGCGAUUCCUUUCCACCGGGCUCAGAUGAACAGCCAACUGGCCACUGUAGAGAGUAACCACAAUGGUAGCAAUAUGCCUCGCGAGCCUGACAGGAACGAAGAGAUGGUCAACAUCGAGGUAAAGCUUCCGCUUAUGAGCAAUGAUACGUCCCAGGAUAUGAACGCAUUAAACCAGCAACAGCAGAACCAGGAAUGGCAUCACCAUCCUCUUGGACCAUGGCUCGAUGCUGAUGGUGGUGACAAUGACAAGAAUGGCGAUACUGGACUAAGCGAUGAUGAUUUUAUAUGGAAUUGGGAUUGGACUUUUUUGGAUGGCGAGAAAGGUGGAUCUUUGACACCUUGGACGCACACCGGUCUUGAUUAUAUUCUUGGACUCGAGAAAUUGGAUCCUUCUUUGAUUCCCUAUCCUCAGGCCCAGGCUCAUUCUGGCACCCUUUGUGAUUCUCAGCCUCCUUUAAUAGCUGAUCCUGGUCAACCUUUAACCCCGUUUACUAUGUCUUCUAUGCAUUCUACAUUUGAUUCCACAUUGCUUGGAUUCGAACCAUUGGCUUUAUUUGACAUGUUUACUCCUGCAUCCUUUUCAUCAUCUCAUUCUCUUUUUGUUUCCGAUCAUCCUUGUCUAUUCCAUAAUAACAUCAGCAGCAGCAGCAGCAGCAGGUCCUACAACAGGCUACGCGACUCAAAAUUAAGCUCAAGCUCAAACUCAAGCAGCAGCUCCAGCAUCAGUUCCAACAGCAACUGCAAUACCAUGAACAGUGUUACCAACAAUACUACCGACAGCAUUAUCAACAACACCAUCACCAACAUCAAUUUCAAUAUCAGCACCAAGGAUCCCAAGAGCAACCUGGAGGACAUGAAGGAAAAGGAGGGAGCUUUCGACAGUAGGGCUCCAUUCUUUUCAUUCGACGACAUUAUGGCCAGUAAUGGCUUCCCUGGUGAUAUCGACUUGGACGGUAUCAACUUUUUCACGAUCAAUAAUGAAUUUCUUAACGACUCCAUUACAAAGGGCAUCUUUAGUCCACUUAUGAACGAUAUCAGAGACGACGCCAUAACUGCUGCUAAUACUACCUCUAGUGGUACCUCUAAUACUAGUACUUUUACAAACAAAACUAAUAGCAUCACCAACACCGACAAUAUUAAUACUGCCAUGAAUACAACAACAGAAUCUAACUCUCAAUCAACAUCAACAUCAACAUCUUCUGUCCCCCAAUUCCCAACAGCUUCGGCACGAAACAAACCUCAACCACAUUUGGGUGAUAGACCUCCUCUCAAGACACGUGAAGCCUACAGCCUUGCUAUCUCUCGAGCGAUGACGACUUGCCCCUGGAGCUAUAUCACUCAAAAGGCCAUCCCUGGACGGAAUGGAGUGCAAGCCCAGGCAAGAUGGUCUGAAGCGCUGGAUCCAAGAGUGAAGAAGGAGCCUUGGACGGCUGAGGAGGAUACAAAGUUAAUGGAAGGGGUGGAAAAGCAUCAAAAGUGUUGGAUCUGGAUUGCGGAUGGGAUUCCAGGUCGGACACAACGACAAUGUCGAACACGAUGGGUGCAAAUUACGAUCAAACGAGAGCGUGAGGCUGCACAGGCGGCAGUAAACGCGUUAACGGAAGAGAGAAAAGUCAGGGAGAAGAUGAAGGGCUUUGAAGAGGAGGAGGGAAGAGAGGAAGAAAGGAAAAGGCUGCAAGGAAAGUGGGAAGUGAAGGCGGAAGAGAAUGACGGACAGGAUAAUGAUGAAGAUGAAGAUUAUGUGGAGGAGGAAGAGGAUGAGGACAUAGAUGAUGAAUGA